CAGGUAUGACGUCAUUGACCGUUCUUUCCCGGGAGGCAUCGCUUCUGACCUGCUCAUCCACAAGAGCACGCUAGGCGACACCGGAGAAUUUGCGUGUCACGUCACGAACAGGUUCGGCACUGCUACGGCCAUGCGAUCGCUUUUCGUGCUCGAGCUCCCAUCGCCUCCCAUCGGGGUCAGAGUGGACGACAUCGGCAAGAGGUCGGCGCGGGUAUCCUGGAAGAAGCCGUUCGCCGAGGUCACUCACUUCCUCCUCCGCUACUGGAGGGAAAACGGCCGCGGCCGGAAGCUGUCCAGCGCCACGGUUCCCGGCACGGAGACGUCCGCGUACCUCCAGGACCUGCAGCCGGGCUCCGAGUACUCGGGACACAUCGUGUCGCAGAACGACGUCGGGCUCAGCGGGCCCUCGGUGGCCGUGCACUUUGUCACCAGCGAGGAAGCUCCAUCAGCACCACCGACGGACGUUCAUUCGACGCCAAUUGGAGAAAAGGAACUCAUGGUUAUGUGGAAGGGACCGCCUGCCGAGCACUGUAACGGCAAGAUCCAGGGCUACUACGUGGGCUACAAGGCCUACGAUUCGAACCUGCCGUACAGUUACCAGACCGUCACAGGCGGUGCCGAGUCGGCGGUGCUCAAGGACUUGAAGCCCAGCACGGCUUACUCCAUAAUCGUGCAGGCGUUCAACAGAGCCGGACAAAGCCCAUCGUCGCAUCAGAUCGCAGUGCACCCGUUCACGGCUGGGAUGCCGGGACCUCCGAGUUUCUUCACCGGCGACGUGACCUGCUGUUCGGUGCUGCUGACAGUCACUUCGAAGCAGAAGCCGACUGAGGGAGUGACGCAGUACCUGGUGAUGUACAAGAACUCCGAAGGAAGCUGGCGCUCGGUAUACUUCCCGCCACAUGCACGCAAGAUGCUGCUGCGUGGCCUGCAGAGAGACACGCACUACGAAGUGCGUCUGGCCGCCUACAACCUCGAGGGAAGGGGACAGCUCUCCGCGCCGGCAUCGUUCACCACUCUCAGGAGCGGUUCCUGGGACGAGGAGGAGAUGGUCGAGGCGGCGGAAGUGCCUUUCUACCUGCGCGCCCAAGUGCUGGUGCCCGUGGCCGUGUCUGUCGGCAUCAUCGUCAUAUCGGUCAUCGCCGCACUCGCCUACUACAGGAGAAUGCUCGGGGGUCACGGGAGCCAUGUGAAGUACGAGAGUUGCGUGCAGAGCCGGGAAAGCGGCCACUGGCAAGACGUGCGCGGCUCGAGGGCAUCGUACGCACGGCGUAGCGUGGCCGAGUCGACCGUGUACGACACGCCGUGGGACGCGCAGGCCGCGCUGGCAGCCGCGAACCAAACCGUUUCUAUAUACGACGGCAACUACCCACGACUCAAAGGACAUGGCUCCAACUCCCACCUCGCUCUAGACGCAUCUUCCUCUUCGGACAAAAAUCAGUGACGCCACUUAGCGCGACGCUGCAAUUUUCUAACACCACACCCGUCUUCCGCUUUGUAACGCGCAGCUAGCACCUGCACAAGUGAGAGCUAAAGACAGGAGCCAGUAGACGUUUUUUACCUUA